AGGUUUUUUGCACUUAAAAUAUUCCGAGCGCAAAACUCGGCUCCAUUCCAACAGAGAGCAACACCAUCCAAUCUUCUUCCGUCCCGUGCUCGUAGUAGGUGGAGUAGGGUUUUAGCCAUGGCGUGGAGUGCCGCCGCCGCCGUCUCCAGGUUCGCCGCCUCCCCGGCCGCCGAGAUCCGCCUGCCCUUCUCAGCAGCAGUAGCCGCCUCCGUCUCCUUCGCCGGGCGCCGCCGCUUCGGCCCCGUCGCCGCGUCCCUCGCCACCUCCGCCACCGUUCAAAAGGAGGCUGUUCAGACGGAGAAGGCGCCAGCAGCACUAGGCCCCUACUCUCAGGCGAUAAAAGCAAACAAUCUUGUGUUUGUCUCUGGCGUUCUAGGCCUAAAUCCUGAGACAGGGAAGUUUGUCUCUGAAAGCGUGGAGGAGCAAACUGAGCAGGUUAUGAAGAACAUGGGUGAAAUAUUGAAAGCAAGUGGUGCUAGCUACUCAUCAGUUGUCAAGACAACAAUCAUGUUAGCCGAUCUACAGGAUUUCAAGAACGUGAAUGAGAUUUACGCUAAAUAUUUUCCAGCCCCUGCGCCAGCACGCUCAACCUACCAAGUCGCAGCUCUGCCACUCAACGCCAGGAUCGAGAUCGAGUGCAUUGCUGCCCUCUAGUUACCUCGUGUCUAACCAUCAAAACCUCAAUAAGCACUCCAUGCCCCUUGCAGCUGGCCGCUAUUCUGUAGUGCACUAUUCGAUGACACUGUAACCUGGUAAUACUCUACCAAUUAAGGUCUUGAAUUGCA